CUCUCUGUGAUCAUCAGAUAACAAACCAACCACUCAGGAGAACAAUAUCGCCGGGGGGCAUCUCCUCCAUCACCGUCGUUCGUGCCUAUCUUCGCUGCUGCCUUUGCUUCGCAGCGAGCAAAUACCACCGCCUCAGCUUUAUGCUGCUAUCGCUGUUCUCUUAUUAGCUACCAUUUGGCUCUUUUCUAUUUGUUUGUUUAGACGUACAAAGUUCAAUACUGUACUCCUCUCUGGGCUUAGUGGAAGUGGCAAAACAAUGCUAUUCUAUCAACUACGAGAUGGAUCUUCGCAUCAGGGUGCUGUAACAUCAAUGGAACCGAACGAAGGCACCUUUGUGCUUCACUAUGAAAACAUCAAGAAAGGAAAAGUAAAGCCUGUUCAUCUUGUUGAUGUUCCUGGACACUCUCGGCUUAGAUCUAAGCUAGAAGAAUACUUGCCCCGAGCGGCGGCUAUUGUGUUUGUAGUAGAUGCAUUGGAGUUCCUCCCAAAUAUUCGCUCAGCUUCAGAGUACCUUUACGACAUUCUGACAAAUGCUAGUGUUGUUAAGAAUAAGACCCCGGUUCUGCUUUGCUGUAACAAGACAGAUAAAAUAACUGCACACACCAAAGAUUUCAUCCGCAAGCAGAUGGAGAAAGAAAUAGAGAAACUUAGGUGUUCGAGGACCGCAGUAUCAACAGCUGAUAUAACGAAUGACUUCACUCUCGGGGUUGAAGGAGAAGUGUUCUCCUUUUCGCAUUGUCAUAACAAGGUCACGGUCGCUGAGGCGUCUGGACUAACAGGAGAAAUAGAUCAGGUACAAGAGUUCAUCAGAGAACACGUUAAGCCAUGAGAAACGUGUGAUCAUCACGAGAGCAUAUGCUUAAAUGCCUUUUUCAUUCUUUUGUACAUGGGUUAUAUAAUUUGAGCAUUGAGCUAGAUGGUAUUUAUUGGAGGACUUUUAAUUGUUGAAAACGUGUUUAGUGCAUUGACCGGAUCUUUUAGA